GGCCGUCCGCACUGAAAAUUCGAACUCGCCACAGAAAGUGAGGAAUCGUCCCCAAUUCCCCCUCCUGCCGCCCCCCAACUCCGGCGACCCGCCGCCGCCGCGAUGCAGCGCGGCAUGGACGCGUCGAUCUCGGCGCUGUGCGGCUCCCUCUCCGAGGUGCUCACCCACGCCGACGACUCCUCCCGCGCGCUCUCCGACGCCCUCUCCCGCCGCGCCAUCCCCCUCGAGUCGGCGACGAACGCGUUCCUGCAGGGGCUGGACCGGCGGGUGGAGGCGGCGGGCGCCGACCUGGCGCGCCUCGAGUCCAUGGCCUUCGGCACCGUGUCCGUCGAGGAGCUCCUCGGCCACUUCCGCGAGGUGCACAACAUCGUCUCCCGCCACGCCGACGCCAUCGAGUCCCGCCUCGUCUUCUUCGGCUACGUCGCCCCCGAGGUGGAGGACGAGGUGGAAGAGGAGGAGGAAGGUGCAGACUUGGGGGACCUUGAUGUCCCCGGGAAUGGGCUCUUGGGAGGGUCAAGCUCGGUCCUCAGGUCUGCCCGGAAGCACUUCGACGACGACGAUGAACUAUUUGAGGAUUCCAUGUCACUAAAGAAUUUUGGGAUUUCUGAUGCUUGUCUGGCUACCCUGUCCUCUCAAGAUAUUGAUUUUUCUGCAAGCCCAAAGAUGCCUGACAGAAAACUUGGAAGUGUUGAUGAUGACCAAAAGAUCUUGGAGGAAGCUGAAGAACCCACACCUCCCCAAACUGAAACCUAUGAGCAAGAUGACAAUGCUUUCCAAGGAAUGAUAAGGGCGUCGAAGGAGGAGUACGAUAAACUUCCUCCUUACAUGAAGACUCUUGCAUCAUGGGAGGAAUUGCAUGACGCCGUUUCAAAACUAAAUGCAUACUUUGGUGGUGAUAAGGCUCAGGGAAGUUUAAAUCAGGAUGAUGUUGCAUCAAUCGGCUUGGGGCGCAAAGGAAGAUCCUACUUGUUGAUCCUUCUGCGGUUGAAUCAACUGGCUAUGGAGACGAUUGAUGGCUCAAUCUUCUACAACCUACGCAAGAACGACUCCUAGAUGAUUUUUUCAGAGAACCUGGGGAAACAGAAGGGGAUAUACUGAUACUGCCUCCAUACUGUAAUGCGUUUUGAUGUAGUUAGUCUGGUGCAUAACUUGUUCUCUCCUAAGGCAUUGGCUUGGAUUUGAUUGCACUACUGUUUUUAGAAUAGCUUGGUUUAAUCUGGUGAAGAGCUUGGGUUUGAUGGUUCUGGAUAUUCGGUCGUAAUGUAGUUGAUCUGGUGAAGAGCUUGGGUUUGAUGGUUGCUGUAUACUCAAACAUGGAGCUGCACAAGUGUUCUUUAACUGAAAUAAAGUGGAAACUGUACGAUUACAAA